GGCGCUGUGGCCGGCAAAACGGCAAGUGGUCCUGCCAGGAGCAGGGAGGUCAGGAGAGAAGUCCGCCUGGAAGUUUUCCCAGCGCUGCGGGCCAGAAAAGCCAGCCGACUGCAGAGAGAAGCGCUCAGUUGCCUCUCCGCCCUCCUCCCACCUUGUUUCAGCCCACACCCAUGGCGCCCCGCCCCCUCGGACUUAAUAGAGGGGCUGGGCACCCGGCCUCGCCUGGGAGCCUGAGGCUUUCCCGAGCGUACUACCCGCUUUCCUAGCCUGAAAGAUCCGGCGGCGCUACUGCAGAGGCGGGAGUAGCGGAGCAAGGCGGAGGCUGCGCCCCGCACCAUGGAGGGCAGUCCAGUCCCCUUCUGGGUCGCCACUGGCCUUGGUCACUGCCCGAGACUCCACUGCCAGCUCUCUCUGCUGCUUUCCGGGGGCCAUCCACUCCUCACCUCAAAGCCAACAUGAAGGAACCCCGGGGCGACGGCGGGGGCGCCCCCUUCUGCACCCGCCUCAACAAUUCCUACCCCGGCAUGUGGGCUCACGAGCGCUCCGCGGAGGCGCGGGGCAACCUCACCCGGCCCCCAGGGUCCAGCGAAGACUGCGGGUCAGUGUCCGUGGCCUUCCCAAUUACCAUGCUGAUUACCGGCUUCGUGGGCAACGCGCUAGCCAUGCUGCUGGUGUCUCGCAGCUACCGGCGCCGGGAGAGCAAACGCAAGAAGUCCUUCCUGUUGUGCAUCGGCUGGCUAGCGCUCACCGACCUGGUCGGGCAGCUGCUAACCAGCCCGGUGGUCAUUGUCGUGUACCUCUCCAAGCAGCGUUGGGAGCAGCACGACCCGUCGGGGCGGCUGUGUACCUUCUUCGGUCUGACUAUGACUGUUUUUGGGCUCUCCUCGCUCUUCAUUGCCAGCGCCAUGGCCGUCGAGCGGGCACUGGCCAUUCGGGCGCCACACUGGUAUGCGAGCCACAUGAAGACACGCGCUACCCGUGCGGUGCUGUUCUGUGUGUGGUUGUCAGUGCUGGCCUUUGCCCUGUUGCCUGUGUUGGGUGUAGGCCAGUACACUGUCCAGUGGCCCGGGACGUGGUGUUUCAUCAGCACCGGGCGAGGGGGCAACGGGACUAACUCUUCGAACAACUGGGGCAACGUUUUCUUCGCUUCCACGUUCGCCUUCCUGGGGCUCUUAGCUCUGGCGGUCACCUUCGCCUGUAACCUGGCCACCAUUAAGGCCCUGGUGUCCCGCUGCCGGGCCAAAGCCGCGGCAUCGCAGUCCAGUGCCCAGUGGGGCCGGAUCACAACUGAGACGGCCAUCCAACUUAUGGGGAUCAUGUGCGUGCUGUCAGUCUGCUGGUCGCCGCUUUUGAUAAUGAUGUUGAAUAUGAUCUUCAGUGAGACAUCUGUUGAGCACUGCAAAACGCAGACAGAAAAGCAGAAAGAAUGCAACUUCUUCUUAAUAGCUGUUCGCCUGGCUUCACUGAACCAGAUCUUGGAUCCCUGGGUUUAUCUGCUGCUAAGAAAGAUCCUUCUUCGAAAGUUUUGCCAGGACAAGCUUGCAGACUAACUCUGUCACACCUUUUGUGUGUAAACCUGGCAUUUACAAGAAAGAGGAAACUACAGACCAAAGUAACCUCUACGGACAUCCUGCUGAUCUGACAGGAGGAAAAGCUUAAUUGUGGCAAGGGUCUUUUGGAGUUUUGGAGGGUGGGGGUACCCAAUCUGCUAAAAUAUCUGAACAGGAAAAAAAUGCAUAAAUUAUGACAAUUCCUAAACUCAAAAGUGUUGAUUAAAAAACAAUUGGAGACACAGAAAACCACAAGGAAAGAAGCAAGUGAAUGGAAUGUAAAAAUAUAUGCAAUGUCCACAGUGUGUAUGAUUUUUCAAAUAGUAAAUAGAUACACUGUGCUCUGUCAUAGAAAAGAAUGAAGGCAUGUUUUCGAAUAAGAACAGUUAAUUUUUAAACAAAAAAAACAAAGGCAAAAGUCUUAAAAAUAGUGUUCAGUUGAAGAAACAAAAUGUAUUAUUUCAAUAUAUACCAAAUUUACCUAAUGCUGUAUACCAAGAUAUUCUAAGUAAAUGCAAAUGUUUAGUCAGACUGGAUUUAAACUACACUGAAAUAAAUGGUACAUAUAUUUUGUCUCCUUAAUGCAUCUUUUUUUUCUAUAAAAGAUUACUUGACAGAAACGAAUUGUACAACCUCAUGUAAGUUAACUAUGAAAAGAUCCUCUGGCCAUGCUGACAUUGAAUAAUGGGCAAACAAAAAGUAUGACAGGCAGUAUUCUGAGAAUGUGGUCACUUAUUGUCGCUAUUCGAAUAUUAGAAUUUCAAGUAGAUUAGGUCUUUUAUUUAUUUAAUGUUUUUCAUACAUUUUGUUGGUGCUUGACUCCAAAUUAGUGAUCCACUUUUGAUCUUCAGCAUGUGACAAUCAUUUUAUACUUCUUUUGGAUUAAGAUCAAAUUAGAGACAGAAAAAAAAAUUUUUUCUUUGAAACUUUUGGCUUGUAUGUUGCCUACUUAUUUUCACAAGUCAGUCCCAAAAGCUUCUUGAAAUACACAAGAUGCUGAGAUGAGUGACAUAAUGAGACUGCAGACGAUUUAUUCAUAUAAAGACAUUAAAAACUUAAUUAGAAUAACUUCAAAAAUUCUGUUUUAAUUAAAUAAAAACUUCAUGCCAUAGGCCAUGACCUAUGUUUUCACAGAUUCUUAUUUAUUGCUUGUUUUGUGCUUUUAUAUGUUUCAAAAUCUAUCAAAAUUGAGGUGUAAAUAAAUAUACAAAAUCUUGCAGUUGUGGCCAAGUCCAUACGACUGAUUUUUCUUCUUGCAAUAAUAUGCUGAGAAGAGGUGAAAUACGUCUGUGAUGUUUCAUGAUUGUGGUAGACAUGGAAGAGUGAUUUAUGAAAGUUAAGUCAGUCUAAAUUCAUAUAACACAUUUGUUAAGUAGUUGAGAUCAGUUUAGCAUUACAAGGAAACUAACAGAUGGAGACUACAGAUGAAACAUGAAUCAGAGAAUUAGGGAAAUAUUUUAUUUGAUGUAUUCUGUCUUAUAAUUCCUAUGAUGAAGAGUCCAUUACACACCAUGACAUUAUGAUAACACAAGCAGAGUAACUUAUGAGCCUCUAGAAAUACAAUUCCAUCAGAUAUGCAAUAUAUUCAUUUAUAAGUCACACAGUUCUUUUAUUGGGGAUGAAAAUUAUUUCCAGAAGCUUUGCAUCAGUGAGUUUCACAUAAUAAGCAAUCCAAAUACCUAUUGGAUUACAUAUUUCUUCUUUAGGAGCUGGUUGUUUCUCCCUACUCCUCUUUCCUCUAACCUGUCUACCUAUUUUCUUGUAGAGAGAAAGUAACAGAUAGAUUUACAAAUGGAGAGAAGCCAGGAUUGUAUUCAGAGGAGAGAGGGUAGCUUCACAUUUCUAAUAUGCCAGUGCCCUAGAAUGUGAAAAGAUCUGAGUCUGAUGUGAUGGGGAAACUUUACUAUGGGAACAAAGAGAGGAAGAGAAGAAAGAUCACCAGGAACAAAUUAUUCUUUCCCUUUUUUUGAGGGCACUUUGGAGCUGACCUCCAAAGUUAUUUUCAAAUGUGCAACUCUAAAUUUUGUUGUCACCAUCUCUAGAAUUGGAAUAUUUUGAUAUUAGUAUAAAUCAGUAUUAGUUAUUUGAUAUUAGUAUCAAACAGUAUAACUAAUACUAAUUAAUUAGUAUCCAUUAGUAUAAAUCAGGUACCCAGCUGAAGUCUAGCCAAUCAUCCAUUAAUAGUAAUUUGGAAAUAGUUUCCUUAUUUAAUUUUUUGUUUCUGGAGAAAACAAAGCUGUAUUAGUAAACAAAGAAAAAUGCAUAUAACUUUCUGAUACUCUUCAAUAUUCUACUUUUGGAAGAAUUCAUAUAUAGGUAGGCAUAGGAGAUGGGAUAGAGAACUUAAGGAUAAGGGAGAAAACCUGUUCACUUCCAGCCUGUUAAAAUUUUUUGUCCUUUUAGACCAGCCUACAGAAGCAAAAAGAGGAAUGGAAUUCAUUUAUCUUUGCACCUUUGCUCACUGAUAGGUCAAAGCUAGGAAGGGUCACCGGCUCUUUUCUGUAAAAGAAAAUGACAUGUUCACUCUGGUAGUCUUAGAAAGAGGGAGAAAGGGAGGAAAUUAUUUUACCUACUCUCUCCUAUCAAAUGUUUCUGUACAAAUGGCAUGAGACUGUCUAAGAUGACUAAAAAUAGGCUUUGAUUAUAUUGAUCUGUUCACAACAAACAGAUGUAGUUCCACUUACAUAGUGCACCUAGGGAAGUUCCAUCACUGGAACUUAAACCCCUACUUGAAGAUCAGUAUAGAAGAAUGUGGAUCUCCAUGCCCCCUCCCCAGCAUCCCAUCCUUACAUAAGUUGGCUAAGUGGGAAGGUAUGUUUUGUCAACUCUAUGUAAACACUUUGUGCAGUUAUCUUCAGUACAUUUAAAAAUAUAUUCCAGUGUGUUUUAAUGGCUGAUCUUUAAUAUUGUGUAGAUGAAGAAUAAAAGAGACUAUGAAAAGUACAUUAGAAUUUUAUGGCAUUUAAGUCAUAGAUAGUCUGUGUAUUUAAUAAAUGUAUGUUAUUUAUGUUGUGUUUGUCAAUGGAAAAUAAAGUUGAAUGUUCUAAAAUGUCCCUGUCUUUUUUUCCUGAUGCCAACCUAUGUCAGGAAUAUUUAACUUACAUUUGUAUUAAGUAUUUUGUCAAAAAUCCUGUUUGGCAUGCUUUGUCAAAUAAAAACACAAUAUAAUGCAGCAGCCCAAUGCUGUAUGGCACAA